UCGCAGUGGAAGGUAGUGGAGCGUGCCAGCACCUCGUGAGACAGUCGCCCUCAGCCCCGACCCCCCGUGACCUAAGACCACACUAUUCGCCUCCGUCAGUCCUAUACACCGGGACACACUUGAGAGAGAGAGUACUGCUGGGUGUAGAUCGCCGGACUCAGGGGCCUGACCUGUCAAGAUGGAGCACAGUCUCAGACUGACCUAUGCUGCUGCGGUUGCUAUGGUGCUCCUUCUCACUACUGAUGCCCAGGGUUGCAGUGACCGGAACGCCCAGUGUCCUCAGUGGGCGGCCAACGGAGAGUGUUACAAGAACCGGGGCUACAUGCAUGUCAACUGCGCCCAGUCGUGUCAUCAGUGUAUCGUCCAAGACGAGGCUUGUAAGGACCUGAACGAGCAGUGCGCCGCCUGGGCCACCAACGGUGAGUGCGAGAGGAACUACCCCUACAUGAGGAAGACCUGCGCCAGAGCCUGCACCUUCUGCCAGCCCGCCAACGAUCACAGCGUGCCUCACAUCCAUGCCAACUUCGUUGACGAGUACUGGGAGCACUACAUGCGCCUCCACCCGGAGUUGGGCAACACCAUCCACGGGUAAACAGCCGGGUCACGCCUCCCGGAGGGACCGGUGAGGUCACGGUCAUAACCCUGGUCAAGGCUCCGUAAGGACGGGGGAAACGAGACAAUUUCAGUGCUGUAACCUGAAAAGGAUUUGUCUUAGCUCAAUAAAACGUUCACGUAUAGACACUAGAAAUACACUUAUUGGUUAAAUGAGCCAGGCUUAGCAACCCAGAGAAUGUGUCCUCUCGGGGAGGGAAACUGCAAAUAACUCUUAAUUAUCGUGACUAUAGCCAUACGAGCUGGAAAUAGCUCUCAGCUCAGCCGGACCAUCAUCCAAGCGCUAGGAAACCUAAAUGAGGUAUUAUUUUGGCUAGGAAUCAUCCCAAACAGCCAGCAGUGCUGAUAUAUCCUCAUUAAAACGCCAAUAGACCCACAGGCGCGCCUAUAGGCCCACAGGAAGGGAAAGUACUAUCAACCAUCUAUUUCAGUUGCUGCCUGACAUGAUGUACUCAUUGUACUGUUGCCAUGUUUUCGUAUCUGAUAAAAUCAUUUCUAGUUAUAUCUAGUGUAGUCGGAAUAUAGUGACUCUAGAAGCGUGUGUGGUUGAGCUAUCAGAGACAUGGCAUUAUGGUCACUACUAUAUUAUAUAUAUAUAUA